AAUUACACUUCCGGAGAAAGAUGACAGACGACACAGAUUCAAGCGUCCCUCAAUGCCUGGAAAAAUUGGAAAAAGUAAAGGAAAUAAAAAAUGCAACGAUGCAUGUCGAAAAGUUACGAACAAAAUUAAAAUCGGAACUGGAAAGCGUCGUAGACGAGGAAAAAAACAUUUCCGAAUAUAAAUCGGAAUUAGAGCUUCUCCAUCAAGAGAAAAUGGCUCACGUCGAAGAGUUAAGGCUGAUUCACGCCGAUCUCAAUUUAAUGGAAGCUACCAUUAAGGCUGCUGAAGAGGAAAGGUUAAGAACUAUUCAAAAUGCUAGGUCUCUCCUCGAGGAGUUUGUUCCACUUAAACAUACAGUCGAUUCAAUGAGAAAAAUUCUUGGUUUGGAAAUACUUCCUGAUCUACAGCCGGAAGUAGCUUCUACACUCGAACGUCAAGGUGCUAUUCCAACUACCUCUGAAGAGUUAAUUACGGCACCACCCACGUCGUUGAUGCUGUCCACUAUGGCCAAUAGAACAGUAAAUAGUAUAGAGUCUCUUGCGACGACGUCAAGACCCGGUUUCAGACAACAACCCCCACCGAUGAAAUCUUGCUUGUCUUGUCAUCAACAAAUUCAUCGAAACGCUCCAAUUUGUCCUCUAUGUAAAGCGAAGAGCCGUUCUCGUAAUCCGAAGAAGCCUAGAAGAAAGAACAAUGACGACUAAGAAAAGAGACGUCGUUUCUUUUCUCUCUCUUUUUACUCGUGUUUUGUAUUCCAGUUGUCAAUUCUAAGAAGAAUCUCUGUUUAGAUAGAUGUUUGUUUUAGUUUGAUUUUAUUCUGUUCUCUCUUUUUUGUUCUACUGUUUUAGUAGUUUGUUAGUCAGAGAAAGAAAGAUUUUAUUUAAUGUAUUUGUAUUCUUUUCUUU